AUGGCGACGGAAGACCCCAGUAGCAGCUCCUCUCUGCGCCAGCGCAAGGGCAAGGCCAUGCCUGCGCUGGACACACAGGACACCUCGGACGGGCCCGUGACCAAGUCGUCGCCGGACUCGCAGCGCAGCAGCCCGAGACCCGAGAGCUGGUCGUACAACACGUUCCGCGCCACGCACGGCAACGAAGUCGAGGGCCUGCUGCUGUUCCCGGAGCAGCCGCGCCAGAUCUUCGUGCUGCUCCUGGUGGUGGCGGGCUUCUCGUACUACUCGUUCACGCACGACUCGCAGGACCCCGUGCAGAACGUGCGCAACGCGCUGUUCGCCGCCAUCCUCAUCUUCCUGGUCUACUGCUUCCUGCAGACGCGCGACGGGCUCAUGAUGCGUCCGCACCCCGGCGUGUGGCGCGUCGUGCACGGCUGCUCCGUCGUGUACCUGCUGCUACUGGCGGCCAUGCUGGUGCAGAACCGGGAGGGCGCCAUGAAGGCCAUGCAGUACAUCUUCCCGGAAGUCGGCAGUCGCCCCAAGACGGUCGUGCCGGCGCAGCUGCAAUGCGAGAUCAACUCGGAGUCGUUGAUGCGCGGCGUGUCGAGCAUUUGGUUCUUGGCGCAUGUGACGGGCUGGUGGGGCAAGAUGUGCAUGUUCCGCGACUGGAGGUUCUGCUGGGUGCUGAGUAUCGCCUUUGAGAUCCUGGAGCUGGCAUUCCAGUUCGUGAUUCCAGACUUCCAGGAGUGCUGGUGGGAUUCGCUGCUGCUCGACAUGCUGGGAGCGAACAUGCUCGGUAUGUGCCUCGGUCGUGUGACGUUGUGGCUGCUGGAGUCGAAGGAGUACGACUGGUCCGGUCGCCGCGGCAAGAAGAUGGGUUACUUCCGCUUGGCGCUCAACCAGUUCACCCCGUUCAGCUGGGAGCAAUACCACUGGGAGGUGUUCUCGAGCUUCAAGCGCUUCGCGGAGAUCGUGUUCGCGAUGCUGCUGUGUCUCAUUACGGAGCUGAACGCCUUCUUCAUGCUCACGACGCUCAGCAUCCCCAAGGAGAGCAACUUCAACUCGUACAGACUGCUCCUUGUGUUCCUGAUCGGCAUUCCUGCAGCUGCUGAGUACUACGAGUUCAUCACAAACCCAGAAUGCUGGCGUCUGGGGCAGAACUCGUGGAUGAUCUUGUCAAUCGCGACGUUCGAGAUUCUGGUGUGGGUCAAGUUCUCGGCUAACGGAGUUUUGUUCACGCAACCUCCGCCGCCGCUCGUCAUGUACCCGAUCCUGGCGUUCGUGAUUAUGUUUUCGGUCUGGAUGCUACUCUUCUUCCGCAAUGCCCCCCGCCAACCGUCAUCUCGCCGCGCACGUGGACUCGUUACCGGCUGGGGAUACCUCGACGUGCUGUUUUGGGCGUCGUUCACGCCGCUAGUGUUCCUUACUUCCCAGUGGGCAUUUUGA